CGACCACAAUAACUAUUAUGAGGUCAGAGGUCACUGCUGACAUUCCCAGCAGUUCAUCUGUCAGUGUGUUCUCGUACCUGAAGUACUCGAGGCUGAUGUUUUGUUGGAUGUGUCUUUUCCAGCCGGGUGAGGUUGUGUUUGGAGAUGGGUGCUCUAAGAUGUGUCGCUGUGCAGGAAACUACACUUUGGAAUGUAUCGAUAAUUCCUGUGACUCCACUGAAGAAUGCCGUGAGGUGAACGGAGUUCCAGGCUGCUAUCCUAAAGGUACAUCCACUUGCAUCGCAUCUGGAGAUCCUCACUACACCACCUUUGACAAACGCAAAUACGACUUCAUGGGCAACUGCAGUUAUGUGAUGUCUGAAGUCUGCAACGAUACAACUCUGCCAUAUUUUGAGGUCCACGCUGACAAUGAGAACCGAUAUAACAACCCCUCCAUCUCCUAUGUGAAGGCUGUACAUGUUAAUGUGCAGAUGGUAAAGAUCUCCAUCCUCAAAGGCGGAACUGUGCAGCUGAAUGGAACCAACGUAAACCUGCCAGUGAGUCCGGCCUCCAGUGUCUCUGUGUUCAAGUCAGGAAAACACUACACUGUGAACAUGACCUUUGGUGUUACUGUUCGCUAUGAUGGAAACCACUUCAUGGACAUCAAAGUUAUCAAAGACUACAAGAACCAGCUCUGUGGACUGUGUGGAGACUAUAACGGGAAUGCUAAAGAUGACUUCCGUAAGCCAGAUGGAUCACUGACCAGUAAAGCCAAUGACUUUGGACACAGCUGGGUCACCGAUCCAGGCUGUAAUAAGCCAAACACCACCGUCCCCGAAUGCAGUUAUGAAGAUCAGGAUCUGUAUGAAAGCUCUGGAUACUGUGGAAUCCUGCUCGAUAAAAAUGGACCCUUCGCUGUUUGUCACCCUAAAGUCAACCCCAAUAACUACUUCAGGGAUUGUGUGUUUGAUCUGUGUGAGCUGGAUGGAGCCGCGCGCAUUUUGUGUGAAGCCAUUGAAGCUUAUGUCAACGAAUGCCAGGACCGUGGAGUCACUGUGGGACUCUGGAGGAACCAAACCUUCUGCCCUCUGAACUGUCCUCCCAACAGCCACUAUCAGCCUUGUGCAGACCCCUGCCAGGAAACCUGUGCUGGGAAACCUUCUGGCUGCAGUGGGUUCUGCUCUGAGGGCUGUGUGUGUGAUCCUGGAUUUGUACUGAGUGGCAACAAGUGCGUCAGUAAGAAUUCUUGUGGCUGCAAACACAACGGGCUGUAUUAUGAGCAUGGAGAGGAGUUUUAUCUGGACGACUGUAAACAGAAGUGUAAGUGUGAUGCUCCCUCUGUCACCUGCGUGUCCUCUGAAUGUCCCCCUCUGCAUGAAUGUAAAGUCCAGGGAGGAGAGCUGGGCUGCUAUCCCACCAAUCCAUGUCCUCCUGAUGCUGAAUAUAUAGAAUGUGGUCCAGCUUGCAUCCCCACCUGCAUGGAACCGUCGUCCAACUGUACUGGCUCCUGUAUCUCUGGUUGCUUUUGCAAACCAGGUUUUGUCUUCAAGGGACGGCGCUGUGUCCCGCUGGACAAAUGCGGUUGUCUGGACGACCACAAUAACUAUUAUGAGCCGGGUGAGGUUGUGUUUGGAGAUGGGUGCUCUAAGAUGUGUCGCUGUGCAGGAAACUACACUUUGGAAUGUGUCGAUAAUUCCUGUGACUCCACUGAAGAAUGCCGUGAGGUGAACGGAGUUCCAGGCUGCUAUCCUAAAGGUACAUCCACUUGCAUUGCAUCUGGAGAUCCUCACUACACCACCUUUGACAAACGCAAAUAUGACUUCAUGGGCAACUGCAGUUAUGUGAUGUCUGAAGUCUGCAACGAUACAACUCUGCCAUAUUUUGAGGUCCACGCUGACAAUGAGAACCGAUAUAACAACCCCUCCAUCUCCUAUGUGAAGGCUGUACAUGUUCAUGUGCAGAUGGUAAAGAUCUCCAUCCUCAAAGGCGGAACUGUGCAGCUGAAUGGAAGCAAUGUAAACCUGCCAGUGAGUCCGGCCUCCAGUGUCUCUGUGUUCAAGUCAGGAAAACACUACACUGUGAACAUGAGCUUUGGUGUUACUGUUCGCUAUGAUGGAAACCACUUCAUGGACAUCAAAGUUAUCAAAGACUACAAGAACCAGCUCUGUGGACUGUGUGGAGACUAUAACGGGAAUGCCAAAGAUGACUUCCGUAAGCCAGAUGGAUCACUGACCAAUAAAGCCAAUGACUUUGGACACAGCUGGGUCACUGAUCCAAACUGUAAUAAGCCAAACACCACCGUCCCUGGAUGCAGUUAUGAAGAUCAGGAUCUGUAUGAAAGCUCUGGAUACUGUGGAAUCCUGCUGGAUAAAAAUGGACCCUUCACUGUUUGUCGUUCAAAAGUCAACCCCAAUAACUACUUCAGGGAUUGUGUGUUUGAUCUGUGUGAGCUGGAUGGAGCCGUGCGCAUUUUGUGUGAAGCCAUUGAAGCUUAUGUCAACGAAUGCCAGGACCGUGGAGUCACUGUGGGACUCUGGAGGAACCAAACCUUCUGCCCUCUGAACUGUCCUCCCAACAGCCACUAUCAGCCUUGUGCAGACCCCUGCCAGGAAACCUGUGCUGGGAAACCUUCUGGCUGCAGUGGGUUCUGCUCUGAGGGCUGUGUGUGUGAUCCUGGAUUUGUCCUGAGUGGCAACAAGUGCCUCAGUAAGAAUUCUUGUGGCUGCAAACACAACGGGCUGUAUUAUGAGCAUGGAGAGGAGUUUUAUCUGGACGACUGUAAACAGAAGUGUAAGUGUGACGCUCCCUCUGUCACCUGCGUGUCCUCUGAAUGUCCCCCUCUGCAUGAAUGUAAAGUCCAGGGAGGAGAGCUGGGCUGCUAUCCCACCAAUCCAUGUCCUCCUGAUGCUGAAUAUAUAGAAUGUGGUCCAGCUUGCAUCCCCACCUGCAUGGAACCGUCGUCCAACUGUACUGGCUCCUGUAUCUCUGGUUGCUUUUGCAAAACAGGUUUUGUCUUCAAGGGACGGCGCUGUGUCCCGCUGGACAAAUGCGGUUGUCUGGACGACCACAAUAACUAUUAUGAGCCGGGUGAGGUUGUGUUUGGAGAUGGGUGCUCUAAGAUGUGUCGCUGUGCAGGAAACUACACUUUGGAAUGUGUCGAUAAUUCCUGUGACUCCACUGAAGAAUGCCGUGAGGUGAACGGAGUUCCAGGCUGCUAUCCUAAAGGUACAUCCACUUGCAUCGCAUCUGGAGAUCCUCACUACACCACCUUUGACAAACGCAAAUACGACUUCAUGGGCAGCUGCAGUUAUGUGAUGUCUGAAGUCUGCAACGAUACAACUCUGCCAUAUUUUGAGGUCCACGCUGACAAUGAGAACCGAUAUAACAACCCCUCUGUCUCCUAUGUGAAGGCUGUACAUGUUCAUGUGCAGAUGGUAAAGAUCUCCAUCCUCAAAGGCGGAACUGUGCAGCUGAAUGGAACCAACGUAAACCUGCCAGUGAGUCCGGCCUCCAGUGUCUCUGUGUUCAAAUCAGGAAAACACUACACUGUGAACAUGAACUUUGGUGUUACUGUUCGCUAUGAUGGAAACCACUUCAUGGACAUCAAAGUUAUCAAAGACUACAAGAACCAGCUCUGUGGACUGUGUGGAGACUAUAACGGGAAUGCCAAAGAUGACUUCCGUAAGCCAGAUGGAUCACUGACCAAUAAAGCCAAUGACUUUGGACACAGCUGGGUCACUGAUCCAAACUGUAAUAAACCAAACACUACCGUCCCUGGAUGCAGUUAUGAAGAUCAGGAUCUGUAUGAAAGCUCUGGAUACUGUGGAAUCCUGCUGGAUAAAAAUGGACCCUUCGCUGUUUGUCACCCAAAAGUCAACCCCAAUAACUACUUCAGGGAUUGUGUGUUUGAUCUGUGUGAGCUGGAUGGAGCCGCGCACAUUUUGUGUGAAGCCAUUGAAGCUUAUGUCAACGAAUGCCAGGACCGUGGAGUCACUGUGGGACUCUGGAGGAACCAAACCUUCUGCCCUCUGAACUGUCCUCCCAACAGCCACUAUCAGCCUUGUGCAGACCCCUGCCAGGAAACCUGUGCUGGGAAACCUUCUGGCUGCAGUGGGUUCUGCUCUGAGGGCUGUGUGUGUGAUCCUGGAUUUGUCCUGAGUGGCAACAAGUGCGUCAGUAAGAAUUCAUGUGGCUGCAAACACAACGGGCUGUAUUAUGAGCAUGGAGAGGAGUUUUAUCUGGACGACUGUAAACAGAAGUGUAAGUGUGACGCUCCCUCUGUCACCUGCGUGUCCUCUGAAUGUCCCCCUCUGCAUGAAUGUAAAGUCCAGGGAGGAGAGCUGGGCUGCUAUCCCACCAAUCCAUGUCCUCCUGAUGCUGAAUAUAUAGAAUGUGGUCCAGCUUGCAUCCCCACCUGCAUGGAACCGUCGUCCAACUGUACUGGCUCCUGUAUCUCUGGUUGCUUUUGCAAAACAGGUUUUGUCUUCAAGGGACGGCGCUGUGUCCCGCUGGACAAAUGCGGUUGUCUGGACGACCACAAUAACUAUUAUGAGCCGGGUGAGGUUGUGUUUGGAGAUGGGUGCUCUAAGAUGUGUCGCUGUGCAGGAAACUACACUUUGGAAUGUGUCGAUAAUUCCUGUGACUCCACUGAAGAAUGCCGUGAGGUGAACGGAGUUCCAGGCUGCUAUCCUAAAGGUACAUCCACUUGCAUCGCAUCUGGAGAUCCUCACUACACCACCUUUGACAAACGCAAAUACGACUUCAUGGGCAACUGCAGUUAUGUGAUGUCUGAAGUCUGCAACGAUACAACUCUGCCAUAUUUUGAGGUCCACGCUGACAAUGAGAACCGAUAUAACAACCCCUCCAUCUCCUAUGUGAAGGCUGUACAUGUUCAUGUGCAGAUGGUAAAGAUCUCCAUCCUCAAAGGCGGAACUGUGCAGCUGAAUGGAACCAACGUAAACCUGCCAGUGAGUCCGGCCUCCAGUGUCUCUGUGUUCAAAUCAGGAAAACACUACACUGUGAACAUGAGCUUUGGUGUUACUGUUCGCUAUGAUGGAAACCACUUCAUGGACAUCAAAGUUAUCAAAGACUACAAGGACCGCCUCUGUGGACUGUGUGGAGACUAUAACGGGAAUGCCAAAGAUGACUUCCGUAAGCCAGAUGGAUCACUGACCAAUAAAGCCAAUGACUUUGGACACAGCUGGGUCACUGAUCCAAACUGUAAUAAACCAAACACCACCAUCCCUGGAUGCAGUUAUGAAGAUCAGGAUCUGUAUGAAAGCUCUGGAUACUGUGGAAUCCUACUGGAUAAAAAUGGACCCUUCGCUGUUUGUCACCCAAAAGUCAACCCCAAUAACUACUUCAGGGAUUGUGUGUUUGAUCUGUGUGAGCUGGAUGGAGCCGUGCGCAUUUUGUGUGAAGCCAUUGAAGCUUAUGUCAACGAAUGCCAGGACCGUGGAGUCACUGUGGGACUCUGGAGGAACCAAACCUUCUGCCCUCUGAACUGUCCUCCCAACAGCCACUAUCAGUCUUGUGCAGACCCCUGCCAGGAAACCUGUGCUGGGAAACCUUCUGGCUGCAGUGGGUUCUGCUCUGAGGGCUGUGUGUGUGAUCCUGGAUUUGUCCUGAGUGGCAACAAGUGCGUCAGAAAUAAUUCAUGUGGCUGCAAACACAACGGGCUGUAUUAUGAGCAUGGAGAGGAGUUUUAUCUGGACGACUGUAAACAGAAGUGUAAGUGUGACGCUCCCUCUGUCACCUGCGUGUCCUCUGAAUGUCCCCCUCUGCAUGAAUGUAAAGUCCAGGGAGGAGAGCUGGGCUGCUAUCCCACCAAUCCAUGUCCUCCUGAUGCUGAAUAUAUAGAAUGUGGUCCAGCUUGCAUCCCCACCUGCAUGGAACCGUCGUCCAACUGUACUGGCUCCUGUAUCUCUGGUUGCUUUUGCAAACCAGGUUUUGUCUUCAAGGGACGGCGCUGUGUCCCGCUGGACAAAUGCGGUUGUCUGGACGACCACAAUAACUAUUAUGAGCCGGGUGAGGUUGUGUUUGGAGAUGGGUGCUCUAAGAUGUGUCGCUGUGCAGGAAACUACACUUUGGAAUGUGUCGAUAAUUCCUGUGACUCCACUGAAGAAUGCCGUGAGGUGAACGGAGUUCCAGGCUGCUAUCCUAAAGGUACAUCCACUUGCAUCGCAUCUGGAGAUCCUCACUACACCACCUUUGACAAACGCAAAUACGACUUCAUGGGCAACUGCAAUUAUGUGAUGUCUGAAGUCUGCAACGAUACAACUCUGCCAUAUUUUGAGGUCCACGCUGACAAUGAGAACCGAUAUAACAACCCCUCUGUCUCCUAUGUGAAGGCUGUACAUGUUCAUGUGCAGAUGGUAAAGAUCUCCAUCCUCAAAGGCGGAACUGUGCAGUCAUGGGUCAACAAGGUGAACAGCAGGGGGCUCAGGACACAGCCUUGGGGGGAGCCGGUGUUUAGGGAGAUGACACUGAUGGUGUUGUUCCCCACACAGAGAGACUGGGUUCUGCAGGCUCAGAUGGAGAGCAGUAGAGAUGGCGCCCUCAGUGGAGCAGUUGGGCUGCUUAAUGGAACCAACGUAAACCUGCCAGUGAGUCCGGCCUCCAGUGUCUCUGUGUUCAAGUCAGGAAACCACUACACUGUGAACAUGAGGUUUGGUGUUACUGUUCGCUAUGAUGGAAACCACUUCAUGGACAUCAAAGUUAUCAAAGACUACAAGGACCGGCUCUGUGGACUGUGUGGAGACUAUAACGGGAAUGCCAGAGAUGACUUCCGGAAGCCAGAUGGAUCACUGACCAAUAAAGCCAAUGACUUUGGACACAGCUGGGUCACUGAUCCAAACUGUAAUAAACCAAACACCACCAUCCCUGGAUGCAGUUAUGAAGAUCAGGAUCUGUAUGAAAGCUCUGGAUACUGUGGAAUCCUGCUGGAUAAAAAUGGACCCUUCGCUGUUUGUCACCCAAAAGUCAACCCCAAUCUGGAUGGAGCCGCGCGCAUUUUUUGUGAAGCCAUUGAAGCUUAUGUCAACGAAUGCCAGGACCGUGGAGUCACUGUGGGACUCUGGAGGAACCAAACCUGCUGCCCUCUGAACUGUCCUCCCAACAGCCACUAUCAGCCUUGUGCAGACCCCUGCCAGGAAACCUGUGCUGGGAAACCUUCUGGCUGCAGUGGGUUCUGCUCUGAGGGCUGUGUGUGUGAUCCUGGAUUUGUCCUGAGUGGCAACAAGUGCGUCAGAAAUAAUUCAUGUGGCUGCAAACACAACGGGCUGUAUUAUGAGCAUGGAGAGGAGUUUUAUCUGGACGACUGUAAACAGAAGUGUAAGUGUGACGCUCCCUCUGUCACCUGCGUGUCCUCUGAAUGUCCCCCUCUGCAUGAAUGUAAAGUCCAGGGAGGAGAGCUGGGCUGCUAUCCCACCAAUCCAUGUCCUCCUGAUGCUGAAUAUAUAGAAUGUGGUCCAGCUUGCAUCCCCACCUGCAUGGAACCGUCGUCCAACUGUACUGGCUCCUGUAUCUCUGGUUGCUUUUGCAAACCAGGUUUUGUCUUCAAGGGACGGCACUGUGUCCCGCUGGACAAAUGCGGUUGUCUGGACGACCACAAUAACUAUUAUGAGCCGGGUGAGGUUGUGUUUGGAGAUGGGUGCUCUAAGAUGUGUCGCUGUGGAGGAAACUACACUUUGGAAUGUGUCGAUAAUUCCUGUGACUCCACUGAAGAAUGCCGUGAGGUGAACGGAGUUCCAGGCUGCUAUCCUAAAGAUACAUCCACUUGCAUCGCAUCUGGAGAUCCUCACUACACCACCUUUGACAAACGCAAAUACAACUUCAUGGGCAACUGCAGUUAUGUGAUGUCUGAAGUCUGCAACGAUACAACUCUGCCAUAUUUUGAGGUCCACGCUGACAAUGAGAACCGAUAUAACAACCCCUCCAUCUCCUAUGUGAAGGCUGUACAUGUUCAUGUGCAGAUGGUAAAGAUCUCCAUCCUCAAAGGUGGAACUGUGCAGCUGAAUGGAACCAACGUAAACCUGCCAGUGAAUCCGGCCUCCAGUGUCUCUGUGUUCACGUCAGGAAAACACUACACUUUGAACAUGAGCUUUGGUGUUACUGUUCGCUAUGAUGGAAACCACUUCAUGGAUAUUAAAGUUAUCAAAGACUACAAGAACCAGCUCUGUGGACUGUGUGGAGACUAUAACGGGAAUGCCAAAGAUGACUUCCGGAAGCCAGAUGGAUCACUGACCAAUAAAGCCAAUGACUUUGGACACAGCUGGGUCACUGAUCCAAACUGUAACAAGCCAAACACCACCAUCCCUGGAUGUGAUUAUGAAGAUCAGGAUCUGUAUGAAAGCUCUGGAUACUGUGGAAUCCUGCUGGAUAAAAAUGGUCCAUUUGCUGUUUGUCACCCUAAAGUCAACCCCAAUAACUACUUCAGGGAUUGUGUGUUUGAUCUGUGUGAGCUGGAUGGAGCCGUGCGCAUUUUGUGUGAAGCCAUUGACGCUUAUGUCAACGAAUGCCAGGACCGUGGAGUCACUGUGGGACUCUGGAGGAACCAAACCUUCUGCCCUCUGAACUGUCCUCCCAACAGCCACUAUCAGCCUUGUGCAGACCCCUGCCAGGAAACCUGUGCUGGGAAACCUUCUGGCUGCAGUGGGUUCUGCUCUGAGGGCUGUGUGUGUGAUCCUGGAUUUGUCCUGAGUGGCAACAAGUGCGUCAGUAAGAAUUCAUGUGGCUGCAAACACAACGGGCUGUAUUAUGAGCAUGGAGAGGAGUUUUAUCUGGACGACUGUAAACAGAAGUGUAAGUGUGACGCUCCCUCUGUCACCUGCGUGUCCUCUGAAUGUCCCCCUCUGCAUGAAUGUAAAGUCCAGGGAGGAGAGCUGGGCUGCUAUCCCACCAGACCAACUACACCUGAGCCAACAACUCCAAAACCAACAACAACUCAACCACCAAAUCCAUGUCCUCCUGAUGCUGAAUAUAUAGAAUGUGGUCCAGCUUGCAUCCCCACCUGCAUGGAACCGUCGUCCAACUGUACUGGCUCCUGUAUCUCUGGUUGCUUUUGCAAACCAGGUUUUGUCUUCAAGGGACGGCGCUGUGUCCCGCUGGACAAAUGUGGUUGUCUGGACGACCACAAUAACUAUUAUGAGCCGGGUGAGGUUGUGUUUGGAGAUGGGUGCUCUAAGAUGUGUCGCUGUGGAGGAAACUACACUUUGGAAUGUGUUGAUAAUUCCUGUGACUCCACUGAAGAAUGCCGUGAGGUGAACGGAGUUCCAGGCUGCUAUCCUAAAGAUACAUCCACUUGCAUCGCAUCUGGAGAUCCUCACUACACCACCUUUGACAAACGCAAAUACAACUUCAUGGGCAACUGCAGUUAUGUGAUGUCUGAAGUCUGCAACGAUACAACUCUGCCAUAUUUUGAGGUCCACGCUGACAAUGAGAACCGAUAUAACAACCCCUCCAUCUCCUAUGUGAAGGCUGUACAUGUUCAUGUGCAGAUGGUAAAGAUCUCCAUCCUCAAAGGCGGAACUGUGCAGCUAAACGGAUCCAAUGUAAACCUGCCAGUGAGUCCGGCCUCCAGUGUCUCUGUGUUCAAGUCAGGAAAACACUACACUUUGAACAUGAGCUUUGGUGUUACUAUUCGCUAUGAUGGAAACCACUUCAUGGACAUCAAAGUCAUCAAAGACUACAAGAACCAGCUCUGUGGACUGUGUGGAGACUAUAACGGGAAUGCCAAAGAUGACUUCCGGAAGCCAGAUGGAUCACUGACCAAUAAAGCCAAUGACUUUGGACACAGCUGGGUCACUGAUCCAAACUGUAACAAGCCAAGCACCACCGUCCCUGGAUGUGAUUAUGAAGAUCAGGAUCUGUAUGAAAGCUCUGGAUACUGUGGAAUCCUGCUGGAUAAAAAUGGUCCAUUUGCUGUUUGUCACCCCAAAAUCAACCCCAAUAUGGAGAUCAGCUUGAGGCGCACCACCUCUGCAGAGGAGAAAAAGGAGCAGCAGCAGGAGGAACAGAGCAGGCAGCCCACAACAUUAAUACUGGAAGAGGUGGAAAAGAACUACUUCAGGGAUUGUGUGUUUGAUCUGUGUGAGCUGGAUGGAGCCGUGCGCAUUUUGUGUGAAGCCAUUGAAGCUUAUGUCAACGAAUGCCAGGACCGUGGAGUCACUGUGGGACUCUGGAGGAACCAAACCUUCUGCUCUCUGAACUGUCCUCCCAACAGCCACUAUCAGCCUUGUGCAGACCCCUGCGAGGAAACCUGUGCUGGGAAACCUUCUGGCUGCAGUGGGUUCUGCUCUGAGGGCUGUGUGUGUGAUCCUGGAUUUGUACUGAGUGGCAACAAGUGUGUCAGUAAGAAUUCAUGUGGCUGCAAACACAACGGGCUGUAUUAUGAGCAUGGAGAGGAGUUUUACUUGAAGGACUGUAAACAGAAGUGUAAGUGUGACGCUCCCUCUGUCAUGUGCGUGUCCUCUGAAUGUCCCGCUCUGCAUGAAUGUAAAGUUCAGGGAGGAGAGCUGGGCUGCUAUCCCAUCGGCUCUCAAGACUGUAUGAUCUCUGGAGAUCCUCACUUCGUUACAUUUGACAGGAAGUACUUCAGCUUCAUGGGAACAUGUACUUACACACUGGCCAGAACAUGCCAGAACAACACAGGGCCUUGGUUUUCAGUUGAGGGGAAGAAUGAGGAGAGAGGAGUGUCAGGGGUCUCCAACUUGAGAAAACUAUAUGUCAGUGUUGGUGGAAUCAAUGUCACCUUGAUGAAGAGCAGAAUAACACUGGUGAACGGACUCCAGGUCGCCCUCCCUCACUCGCCGUCCCCCCUUAUGUCACUCACUCUUUCCGGGCAGUACGUCAUCCUGCAGACAUCAUUUGGCCUCAGGCUGCGCUGGGAUGGAAGCCAUUAUGCCCAGAUCAUAGUUCCCAGCUCCUACCACAGUCAGAUGUGUGGUCUCUGUGGUGAUUAUGAUGGGAAACCAGGCAAUGACUUCACCAAACCAGAUGGCACUCAGGUCAGCAAUACCAAUGACUUUGGUAACAGCUGGCAGACCGAGGACGAUGAGGAUGGCCCGUGUGAUCCAGGAAACAAACCCGACCCAGAGUGUAACCCCAUACUUGAGGAGGAGGUGAAGAAACCAGAGAAAUGUGGCAAACUGAACGACACUGCAGGACCGUUCUGGGAGUGUAUCAGUGUGGUGAAUCCUGCGACAUUCUUCCAGAGCUGUGUGUUUGACAUGUGUCAGUUCAGUGGACAGCAACAUGUCCUUUGUGACCAGCUUCAGGCCUACACCGACACCUGCCAAAGUGCUGGAGCCAAAGUGCACCAGUGGAGGACCCCAGUCUUCUGCCCCUUAGCAUGUCCUCCGAACAGCGCCUACUCCUUGUGUGUGAGCUCGUGUCCCGAGACGUGUCUGGGUGUGGUUGGACCACCGGGCUGUGAGGACACGUGUGUUGAAGGCUGCAAAUGUGAUCCUGGCUUCAUUCUCAGCAACAACAAGUGUGUGACCCUGAAAGACUGUGGGUGUGUGGACACCACUGGAGGUUACCAUCCUGUGGGUGAUGACUGGUACUUGGAGGGUUGUGACCAGAGGUGUGUGUGCCACGGUGGACGUUUGAUCCAGUGCCACAACAGCAGCUGCAAAGCCACCACUGAGAUUUGCCAGCUGCAUGCUGGAGAAUAUAAAUGUCGUUCUCGAGGAAGUGGCAUGUGCUCUGUGUCUGGUGACCCACACUACACCACUUUUGACAAAUGCACCCAUCAUUACAUGGGAGCCUGCUCUUACACCCUCAGCAAACCGUGUAAUGUCACGUCCGGCCUGCCGUACUUCACUGUUGACACCCAGAAUGAGCACAGAAGCAGCAGUAAGAAGGUUUCGUACGUCAGAGCUGUGGUAAUUAACAUGGAUGAUGCCACCGUCAUCUUUGGCAAGGGCCGCACAGUGCAGGUUAAUGGGACAGUUGUCAUCUCACCAGUCACCUCCAUCAGUGGAGUUCAGAUCUUCUUGAGUGGCAAGUUUGUUGUCCUCAAGACAACCUUUGGUCUGAUUGUGCGUUUUGAUGGUAACCACCAUGCUGAUGUCAGAGUCCCAACCUCCUAUAAUGGUCUGCUUUGUGGCAUGUGUGGAAAUUUCAAUGGAAAUUCCACAGAUGACAACAUUAAACCAGACAACACACCGGCUGCUAACUCCAAUGAGCUCGGAGACAGCUGGCAGGUUCCUGACCUACGGCCGCACUGUGAAGACAGCGACGAGCAAGAAGAAUGUGAUAAAACUAUGGAAGAGGAAGCCAAGAAGCCCACCAGCUGUGGCAUGAUCACUGACCCCAGUGGCAUCUUCAAGGUCUGUCAUGCUGAAGUGCCACCUUCACCUUACUUUGAAAACUGUGUGUAUGAUGUGUGUGCCACGGGAGGCCAGACUCUGGCACUGUGCCAGGCCAUUGAGAGCUACGCUGACAUGUGCGCUGCUGCCGGAGUGUCGGUUACGUGGAGAAACAAUGCCUUCUGUCCCCUAAAUUGCCCCCUGGGCAGUCAUUACACCUCAUGCGGCCCUGCUUGCCCCCAGCCCAGUUGUCAGGACCCAGCAGGCCCUGGUGGAUCCUGCAGCCAGCCCUGUGUGGAGGGAUGUAUGUGCAACCCAGGUCUCAUCCUCAGCGGAGACAAAUGUGUCCCCAUCAGCGAGUGUGGCUGCACUGACCAUGACGGAGGCUACCGGAGGGUUGGAGACACUUGGUUCACAAAGACGGACUGUUCGGAGCGCUGUAAGUGUAACGGCAAUCACAUCUUCACCUGUGAGCCUUGGCAGUGCAGUCCCGCUCAGGAGUGCAGCGUGACAGAGGGAGUACUCGGCUGUCACUCAGCAGAUAAAGGUGUGUGUCAUGUGGCUGGAGACCCUCACUACUACACUUUUGAUGGCGUAAUGCACACUUUCAUGGGCACCUGCACUUACACUCUGGUUGAGGUGUGCAAUGCCUCCAAUGUGGCUUCCUUCAAGAUAGUAGCUAAAAACGAGGAACGGGGUCAACCAGAAGCAUCCUAUGUUCGCUCUGCCACAAUCUACCUGCCUGAUGGCACUGUUGAGCUACAGAAAAGCCACAGAGUCCUGCUGAAUGGUCGGCGGGUGCGUACGCCUGUUUCCGCAGGCACCGAUGGAGCUAAGGUGAUAAGAAGUGGGAUGUACAGUCUCUUGGAGACAAACUUUGGUCUGCAGGUGAAGUUUGAUGGAGUCCAGCAUUUGGAGAUCACUGUUCCUGGUGCUUACUUCAAUAAGUUGUGUGGUAUGUGUGGUAACUACAAUCAUAACUCCUCGGAUGACAACCUGAUGCCAAACAAAAUGCCGGCCAAGGAUGUGAUUGAACUUGGUAACAGCUGGAAGUCGGAUGGAGACAGCGAUCCUAACUGUCAGCCGGACACUCGUCCAGAUGUUCACCCCAACUGCACAGCAGCAGAAAAGCAGCUCUUUGAAACCCAGUGUGAGCAGGUUUUCCUGUCCGACCGAUUCAUGCCCUGCCGUUCUCGUGUGCCGCUUGAGGCUUUCUUGAAUAAUUGCAUCUACGACAUGUGCGAGUAUGACGGCAUGCAGGCGACGCUCUGUGACAACGUGGAGGCGUAUGCUCAGGCUUGCCAGAGUGCCGGAGUCACCGUCAAAUGGAGGAACAACACCUUCUGUCCGCUGCCCUGCCCUCUGAACAGCCACUACUCAGACUGCACUGCCCCCUGCCCCCCCACCUGCGUGGACCUCUUCCCAGUCUCUUGCCACCUCCCGCUCACCCACCUGGUGGAGGGCUGCCCGUGCAAUGCCGGCUUUGUGCUCAGUGACAACAUCUGUGUUCCCGUUGACAGAUGUGGCUGCCUGGACCCAAAGGAGAGUACCAUGAGCGGAGGUGGAGACUCCUGGCUGACAGAAAAGUGUGCUGAGUUCUGCAGCUGUAACCUUCAUGGGAGAUCCUGUAUGAACCACAGCUGUGGUGCUAAUGCUGUGUGCAAGCUGGACAAAUACGGAGACCUCUCCUGCAACCCCACAAGGUUUGACAAGUGCAGCAUUUCUGGGGACCCUCACUACCAGACCUUCGACCGAUUCUCGCAUCACUUCCAGGGACCCUACACCUAUAUCCUUACAGAGAGCCACAACCUGGAGACUUUCCAGUCAGCCUUCACUGUGAAAGGGAAGAACAUUCGACGUGGUGGAAACAGGAGAGUGUCCUUCUUGAAUCAGAUGCACAUUGAUGUUUACGGGGUAAAAGUGCGCUUCCUGCAGAAGAAGUCAGUUCUGGUGAAUGGGGAACGUGUUUCUCCUCCUCUGUAUCCGGUUUCAGGUUUGACCAUUACGAUGAACUCGAGGCAGGUUCAGCUCACCACUGACUUUGGACUUACAGUGCGCUUUGAUGGCCGCAGUCGUGGAGAGGUCAUGUUGCCGAGCACCUAUAAGAACUCUGUCAGAGGUCUGUGUGGAAACUAUGACGGCGUCACCAGAAAUGAGUACGUGAAGCCAGAUGGGACUGUUGUCAGGGAUUUGAAUGUGUUUGGGGAAAGCUGGAGGACCACUGACCAACAGAGUGAUGGACAGAAGCUCCAUGAGCUUCCACACAGUCUCCACGUAUACAGGCGAGAGUUGGAGACUGAUCCAGAUUCAGGGUUUACGACAACAGACUGCUCUAAUUCUCAGCUUGACUAUUAUAAUGGUGUAGACCAGUGUGGGGCACUGUCUAAUUCCAUUGGACCCUUUGCAGCCUGCCACGCUACCUUGCUACCCAACGUCUACCAUGAUGACUGCAUAUUUGACCUCUGUGCUGAGCAAGGCAGUGCCGAGCUGCGCUGUGCCAGCUAUGAAGCUUACGCUGCAGCCUGUCAGGAGGCAGGAAUCAAACUGGGGCCCUGGAGGGAGGAACUGGACUGUGUCUUUUUGUGUGGCACCAACAGCACCUACUCCUCCUGUAUGUCACCUUGCCCUGCCUCUUGUUCUGACCUGGCAGCACCUUCUGAGUGUGGCAUCACGUCCUGCGUUGAGGGGUGUCAGUGUGCCCCGGGAUUUGUGAUGAGUGAGGGACUCUGUGUUCCAUAUACACAAUGUGGCUGUACCUUCCUCAACAGAUACUACCCGCUGAAGGAGCGGUUUGUGACUGAGGACUGCUCCCAGGCCUGUGAAUGUGGCACCACAGGGGCUGUCUGCCAGGCUAACAAGUGCCAGGAUGGCUAUGUCUGCACCAUCUCCAACUUCAGACGGGGCUGUUACAGAACGAGUCCCUGCCUGGAUAAUCCCUGUCUGAAUGGUGGAACCUGUGUGGACAUGAGCAACAACACCUACGGCUGUCGGUGUCCAGAGGGCUACGAGGGCGUGGACUGUACAAAACUACAGAGCACAGGUUUAGAAACAAAGUGGAUCAUCCUGAUUGCAGUGCUGACGUCAGUCACGGUCAUUGCCAUAGUGACGGCCACAGUUUGUCUUUUCAAACACAAAAAGAAGAGUGCAAAGGUUAGAGAUUGGAAGCCACUGAAGAAAAAACUCAGCAUGAAAUCAACAAGUCUUCCAUAUACCGACAUUGAUAGCCAAACGGACAGCGUCAAAAUUACAGCUUUUUGACAUGAUUUUAACAUUUUGUUCCUUUGGUGACCAUUUGAAUAUG